AUCACCAGGCACUGCUUAUUCUCACCAUGCAACUGAACGUAAUGAAAUGGUGUGUCCUUGUCCUCGCGGUUGUCCACGAAAACAAAGCCGCUGAAACUGUCUAUCCAAGAAUGCUAGAAAGCAGAGCUGAAGAUGGCUCAAAGAUUGUGAAAAUAUCAGGUGACUUAACACUGACUCUGCGGAAAAGUUCUAUUUUUUCAGAAGAGUUCUUCAUUCAUAGCACUCGGGAUGGUGUACCAAUUGCUUACCACAUGAGGGGUUCUGAACUAGAGAAGAACUUGUAUCAUGAUGAAGAACGAAUGGCAUCUGUGCAUUUGUCUGAAGAGGAUGGCAUAACUAUUGAGGGUGUUCUUGGAGAUACAUUGCGGAUAAAGCCAGAGGAAGGAAGGGAGCGAUCUGCGGAUGGCCAGGUUGCUCACACUCUGUUCGAUGUCGAGUACGCGGAUGGUGAAGGCCUCAACCCAAAUGAUUAUGGUGCCGCCGGUGCCCCCCUCGUCGCCACUGCAUCUAAAAUAGCCACCACCACUGCCAUGCUCACUUGCACCAUGGCCAGUGACUGCCACUGCUGUCACUUCUGCUGCCAAUACUGCAACUGCUGCCAGCCUUGCCGCCGUUACUGCCACCGUGGGUCCGGCGCUGGUAGCACUCUGGUCCGGACCGCGCCCCAUUUACCCCCACCACUCAGGUCGUUGGUGGCGAGUGAGAGUAGCCAGUUUCGUGACGGGUUUCAUUCAGCACUGGCCCAGGGCGCUCUCUUCAGGAUGGUCUUGGCUGCCUGA